UUCCUCAAAACAGGAGAAAUAUUCUUUCUAUUCCUGCCUUUCUUAUCCUGCCCCCUUCAAUAUUCCCAGCCUUGCAGGAGUCUGAAAGCAAGAAGAGCCUCUGGAGCCAGGACAGGAAGAAGCCAGGGGAGCAUAGAAAUGGAUUUUCUAUCACAGGGGAGCAUAAACGAGGAGGUGACCUGCUGCAUCUGCCUGCAGCUCCUGACAGAACCCAUGAGCCUGCGCUGUGGCCACAACUUCUGCCAACUCUGCAUCGCUGCACAUGAGUCAGAGAGCUUCUUUGGAGGGCAAUGUCGCUGUCCUGUGUGCCAGAGCACAUACGACCCUUGGCACCUCAUGCCUAAUAAGGAGUUGGACAACAUAGUGAAGAAAAUCAGAGAACUCAACAUGUGGCCACACCAGCAGCAGAGGAGUGAUCUCUGUGAGCAACAUGGUCUCUCAACAUGGGGAAAGGAGGAUGGGAAGGCCAUUUGCAACCUUUGUGUCCAGGAGCACCCAGGUCCAAAUAUCCCUCGUCACCAAAUAUCCCUCGUGGAGGAGGUGGUCAAAGAAUGUCAGGAGAAGCUAGAGGCAGCUCUGGAUAGGCUUGCACAGGAGCAGCAGGAAGUUGAGGAGUUGGAAGCUGUCAUCAAUGAAGAGAGAGCUACCUGGAAGACUGAGAGAGAGAGGAUUCAGAAAGGGUUUGAUGAAAUGGGAGACAUCCUGGACAGGGAGGAGCAAAUGGAGCUGCAAAAGCUGCGGGAAGACGAAGCGCAUGUGCUGGGUAACUUGGAGGUGGUCCAGCAGAGGCAGUACACGAGAGAGCUCAUCUCAGAUCUCCAACAUCAUAUGUGUGAAUCAUCAAUGGACAGGCUGCAGGAUAUGAUUAACAUCUUAAAAAGGAGUGAGAUCUGGACCUUGAAGAAGCCAAAAGUUGUUUCUAAGAAACUAAAGAAUGCAUUCCGAUGUCCAGAUCUGCCUUGGAUGCUGCAAGUGUUUAAAGAGCUGGCAGAAGCCCAAAGCUACUGGGUGAACUUGAUGUUUAAUCCACUCAACACUCUUUCGGAUAUUAUCAUUUCUGAAGAUAGGAGACAAGUGACUGUUGGGAACUAUUUUAUGUUUUGGAAUGUAUAUCCGCAUGAUUUUUCUGCUCUUGAUGUCUUGGGCAGCCAAAAUUUCUCCUCAGGAAAAUAUUACUGGGAAGUUGAUGUAUCCAAGAAGAUUGCCUGGAUCCUGGGAGUGUACAGCAAAACAAGUAAUCUCAAUAGAAAAAAAAGCUCUGGUUUUGUUUUUAACCCAGAUGUAAAUUACCUAAAUGCUUACUCCAGAUUCAGACCUGAAAAUGGCUACUGGGUUGUAGGGUUACAGAAUGAAUCUGAGUACAAUGCCUUUGAGGACUCUUCUACCUCUGACCCCAAGGUCUUGACUCUUUCCAUGUUUGUUCCUCCCUGUCGAGUUGGGGUUUUCCUAGACUAUGAAGCAAACACUGUCUCAUUUUUUAAUGUCACAAACCAUGGGUCACUCAUCUACAAGUUCUCUAAAUGUCACUUUUCCCAGACCGUUUAUCCCUAUUUCAAUCCUUGGAACUGCCCAGCUCCCAUGAUUCUGUGCCCACCGAGCUCCUGAACAUUCUCCUUUCCUCACUCACUUCUGUGUAGCGACCCUUGUCCUGGGGCUCAUCACCUGCACCUGAGCUCACUGCUCCAUUCAGACCUUCUCUUCCUUGCUGUCUCCCUUCUGUAGAAUGUCUGUUGAUUCUUGGCUUAGAAGAGAAGCUUAUUUACUCAGUUACACAUUUUCUGUAUUAUCAGCAAAAGACACGCAGUCACUCUUAAAAACCGAGAAGUACUGGUAUAAUAUCUAUGCCCUCCCAUUUCUCCAUAUCUUCCUUUAUCACUAACUUGAAGAGGUACCAACCAUGACCUUAGGACAAUCCAUAAUCACCACCACAACUGAGGAGUGUUUGAGUGUAUGUCUGUUUGUUGCCCGACAUACAGAAGGUUGUCCAGAAAAUAUUUGGGGAGAUGUUGAGCGGGGGGGAAACAAAUGUAAUAUUUGUACUCAGAGUGAAAAUUUUGUGCUCAGAGUUUAAAUCCUCUCUUCUCUUACAAGGUGUGUAAUGAUGGAUACGUUUUUUUUUCUUCUCAUAAAAUAAAAAUUGGAUUUUAAACUGCACCUAAUUCUAAACAUAGUUGUGUGAAACUAACAUUACUCAAUGUAAAGCACAUUUUUAAGAGUCCUGCACUAUUUUAAUAAAUAUUUGCUCUCAUAAUAACUGAAAA